AGGAAGCACACCAUGGAUUCCAAGAAGCCUAACAAGAUCAGACAAAUUGUUAGGCUUCAACAGAUCUUGAAGAAGUGGAGAAAAUUGGCAACUUCAUCAACACCAACCACCACUAAUGGCAACAGCAGUAAAAGCAUUAAGUUCCUGAAGAGGACGCUCUCUUUAUCAGAUACAACCUCUAGCACUGCCGUCCCAAAGGGCUACCUAGCCAUAUGCGUUGGAGAAGAGCUCAAGAAAUUCGUAAUCCCAACUGAGUAUUUGAGUCACCCAGCAUUUCACUUGCUAUUAAGAGAAGCAGAAGAGGAAUUCGGGUUUCAGCAAACGGGGGUUCUCAGAAUUCCUUGCGAGGUUGCAGUCUUUGAGAGUAUAUUGAAGCUGGUAGAGGAAAAGAAUGUGUAUUUCUUGCAGGAGUGUGCUGGGUUGGGACAUUGCUCUUCCAAAACCCAGCAAACUCCAUCUCAUCAUCCUCAAAGUCCUAUGUGCAGAUAGUUUAUCAAUCCAUUUUUGUUUUCACUUGGCCUCAUUUGUCACUUCAAUUUUUCCCAUUUUUUUUCUGUAGAUGGGGCCAAAGUAGUAGUAAAGUAAUGAAGUUGUUUCAAAUGAAUUUAUCAACUUUAAUAGUCUGUCUGUCUGUCAUUAACCUCCAAUGCAUAUUUUCUUUCGGUUGCUUC